AUGGCAACGAAAGUUGGUGAGGUUUCCGGCAUCAUUACGAGAAAAAAGAGCAAGUCUACUGAAUGUGACAAGUGUAAUAAAAAAAUAGACAACAGACAAUAUCUAAUAUGUUCACUUUGUAAACAUACCUACCAUCUACACUGUUGCAAUGUAUCAUCUAAAUUGUUCUAUCUUAUGACUAUUGAGAGUCGACGAAACUGGAAAUGUACCUGCAUAAAUAAUUUGGAAAAGAAACAAAAAAAUACUACAGCCAUUAAUUCAAAGACGGCUACAACUCCGAUGAUUCCCACGAAUAACUCAUUCGAAGUAUUAUCUGAUCUCUCGGAUGAUGACGAUAAUGAAAAUGACUAUCUCUCGCUUUCGUCUAAUAAGAUCUGCAACAGAAGCUAUCCAGAGAAGUCAAUGAUUUAUAGCCAAGCGGACGAUAUGAAAAAAGAAAUUUCAGAACUGAGGUCAAAACUCCAAAUAGCAGAAAACGAAAUUGAGAACUUAGUAUCUGAAAUUUAUACAUUAAAAGAUAAGAUAAAAUGCCAUGAAAAUAAAGCUAUACAACUUAAAAGUCUGAGUCAAUUUACACCAAAUUCGCAUUCAACUAAACGAAAUAAGUUAAACAGGACUCAAUUAUGCAAACAGAGACAAGAAAUAAAUCAUAGUGUUAUUGAGCUUAAUAAGAACCAACUGUUUAGUAAUUCUCCUAAUAACUCAGAAAAUGAAAACAAAAGGACAUUGCAAAAGGAACAGAUAAAUUUUUCAAGUACGCCGAAAACUUCUCUACUAAAUAAAGAAACAUCUGCUGCAAACAAAAAAAGACCCAAUUCUGCUAAUCAAACUCAUAAAACUAUAAAGAAGAGAGUAAAAAAGUCUACGAUUUAUAUAUUUGGGGAUGAAAAUGUGAGAGGGCUGUCUACCAAAUUGUAUCAAACGAGAUCUGCUGGUGGUGGUGAUGGUUCACCAGGAUCGUACUAUGACGCGCGCUGGCUCAACGUGCACGCCGAUGAUGGCACUCUUGCAGCGCGCGCACGGCGUCUGAUGCUCGCACCUAGCCGCCAUUUUGAUCACAUAGCUGUUAACAAUGGGGAAGUCCAGAAUCAAAUAGCAUGGUCGGAGCACCUGGACCCGCUCUUCGUGAACAACUAUGAAAUAGAUCCUACUCUCUCCUGGCAAUACUACGCGUCCUCUACGGGCUUCAUGAGGCGUUAUCCAGCAAUGUCCUGGCCCCCCGAAGACGGUUACUCGCAUCACGCGCGCGACUUCUACGACUUCAGAUCGUCCAACUGGUUCGUAGAAGCGGCGACUUCUCCAAAAGACCUGGUGAUCUUACUAGACGACUCCGACGACUUGAGUUCGUCUUACUGGAGGCUGGCGAAAGCGACAGUAUCGGGACUACUGGAUACCCUUGGACCUAACGAUUUUGUCAACGUAUACAGAUAUAGUGACACUGUAUCGGAAAUACACUCGUGCUAUACGAAGAUAUUGGCUCAGUAUAACCGGACAGGGCAGGGUUGUCAGUGUAACCAGGCCAUCGCGGUGGUGGGCGCGGGCGGUGGGGCGAGCGGUGUAAAGAGUGUGUUCCGCACGUGGAACUGGCCUCACAUGCCGGUGCGCAUCUUCACGUACCGCGUGGGGGGUGACGCUGCCUCCGGUCACAAUAUGAAGGAUAUGGCUUGUACCAACAAGGGAUUCUACGUGACAAUCAAUGAGCACAGUGAGAUCCGGCCGAAGGUGUUGCACUUUGUAGAGGUGCUCGCGCGUCCACUAGUCAUGUACCAGACGGUACAUCCUGUACAUUGGAGCCCAGUAUAUGUCGGCGGCAGGAGCAGUAACUUGGACGACGACGGGAUGGGUCAGCUGAUGGCGUCUGUGACGGUACCCAUCUUCGACAGGCGCAACCACACGCAACGAGAAGCUAACCUUCUGGGAGUGGUUGGCACUGAUGUGCCUGUCGAUCAAAUAAAGAAGCUCGUUCCACCUUAUAAGCUGGGAGUAAACGGCUACAGUUUUAUGGUGGAUAACAACGGGCAUGUAUUGUAUCAUCCAGAUUUAAGACCACUGUACACUAACGAGGAAUACACGGAAACAUUGCGUCCAUUGUACUCGAGUGUCGACUUGACCGAUGUAGAAUUGUUGGUGGACUCCGAUGAGAACUCCAGAAUCAACCUCACCUCGCUGUUGCUAGAUCUUCGUCACGACAUGAUAGAGCAACGCGAGGGCGAAACGGAGAUCGGCGUGAAGGUGCAAUACGAUGGCAUGCGACGCGUAGCGACGCGACGCCAACGCUACUUCUAUAGCCCUGUGGACGGCACGCCUUACUCUCUAGCUGCUGUGCUACCUGACGGUUACGGCAUGUAUGAACUACAUGCUGAACAAGAGCUGAAACACAGUCCAGUCAACGUGACAGAGUUUUUCAAGGGAGAUGACUGGAAAUUUACACAAUUGAAGCUUCUUUAUAACAGGGUGUAUUGUGAAUACGCAUCUACUUCGGAGCAAUCGUUCAAUAGUCCAGAAGAACAGCUGAUCCAUUUCUUAUCACGUGCGGGGCGACCCGGCUGGAAGUGGAUGUCGCUGCGGCCGCGCGCGCUCACACUACACAACGCGCAUAAGAAACAAGACAGGGACUCUUAUUACUUUCAAUCUCUGAUUAGGGAUGCUAUGGUAAUCAAAGAGUUGGACGCACACACUGGACAUGCAAGUCACCAUUCACAACAAGGAAGAUUCCACAAGUUUCAAGUGGCUCUUUCAUUCAUCGCCACGCGUAGCGGUCUUCUGAAAUGGACAGAAAACAGCAACACUUCCAGGAAUUCAGAAUCUGCUGAACCGCAUUUUAGCGAAAAGUAUGCUCGAGCAUUUGACUCUGAAUGGUACCGUCGCGCGGUAGAACAUCACGCCAUAGAACCAGAAAGCUUCGUAUUCUCCGUGCCGUUCCGUGAUAGCUCCGAAGCCGAAGACCUCAGUGGAAGACCGCCGUUAGUUUUGGCGACUCAUGCAGUAUUCGUAGAAUCAAGGGGACAUAGAGCACCGGCUGCCGUGGUCGGACUACAUUUCCAGUUGGAUUCGCUUGCCAAGCAUUUUCUGAACGUCACAUCAACUUGCACAGCUGGUAGCGUAUGUAAGAAGACGUGCGCUGGAGAUGAACUAGACUGUUAUAUCCUGGACGACAAUGGUUUCAUUAUCCUCUCAGAAGAUGUAUCACAAACGGGACGUUUCUUUGGACAAGUAGACGGGACCAUCAUGGAUUCAUUGGUCCAGGAUAGGAUAUAUAAGAAAAUCACGGUUCACGAUCACCAGGGACGGUGUCCAGACUCGAGGAAUCCUUUUAGCGGAAGUGGCAACAAGUUAGGGCUUGUCAAUCCGUUAACCUGGAUCGGAAGCUAUCUCACCAAUCUACUGGCGGUCUGGUUCCCAUAUUGGGAAUCUGUGAGUGCACGAUCCCAUCCUCACGGAGAAGAAGAUAUAGAUUACGAAGACUACGAACACGAAAUAACGAACCAUGACGAUGACAUGGACCGCGACCGUGGCACCUAUGAGAUCAUUAUUGACGGCGUCGGAGGGGGGAGUCCCGCGGGCGAGGAGGCGCGGCCGCGGGAGGGAGGCGGGGCAGUGGCGCGGGAGCCGCCACGGGAGGCCGCGCGCUCCGCCGCCGUGCGACCGUGCGACACCAGCGCGGAACUGUUCACACUUCAGUCCACGAGGCUAAACGCCGCUCAACCACUCAAAGGGAAACUGACCAAUUGUCACAACUCGGGAUGCGAAAGGCCGUUCAGCGUGCAGAAGAUCCCGCACAGUAACCUGAUCCUGCUGGUGGUGGACACGCUGUGCCCGUGCGGCGCCAAGCGGCUGGACGUGCGUCCGCGCGAGGCCGCGCCCCGCGCCGCGUGCCGCCGCGCCCCGCCGCGCGCGCACCGCCGCCGCCCCAGGCAUUGCGUCUCAUACCACCCGGAGGUAGGCAUUAUCGCACGUUGAGAAUGACAAUGUCACUAACCAAAAACGGCGUAUUUUUUACUUUUGGCAACGUUUUUCUUUGUUAAGUUUAAACUUUAAAAUGCAAAGAUCCCUGUGAACGUAGUUUGCAUAGAAACUGCUAGGAGGGGUGGAUUACAAUUUCUUGAGCUUUAAACGCUCGUUACUCAAAAUCGCAUUUUUUGCAUUGUGUCACUAUCGUUCUCAACGUACGAUAUGAAGUCUAAUACAUAUUAUUAUAUGCCAGGACUUUGUGUAGUGAAUCAGUUAAGUAUACUGAUCAACUUUCACUCUGGGAGCAACACUGAAUUCACGAAAAAAUAAUCAGCUGUUUCAUACUAAUGCGGUUGUAGGUAUUACAAUUUUGUAUACCUUUGGAAAACAUUGCGAUCGAGCAUGAAAGUACUUCAGGUCUUUAAUGGAUUUAUUUCACUCUUUUCUGACUGAUUUGAUCUCUAGGUACUGCAACACGAUAGCUUGAAAGAGGUUAUAGGUUGUUCACCCCACUCUGGACAACAGUAGGCGCGAAAACGAUACAGAUUUCGCUAACAUUCAAGAAGAAACAUUUAAAAUUAAAACUGACUAUUUAUUCAAAUGUACCAAAUAACCUUUUACACUAAAUGGUUUCCGAUAGGAAAUCGAGAUUCUCUCUUGCGGACGUGGUGGACGAAUCGUACCCAUCUUCGGACUAUUGGUUGCACUGGUGCUUCGAGUGGCAGCCAGCACGUGACUGCCUCAAGGAAUCCUGUACUACCACUAGGCUCGUCAUUACCGGCCAGCCUCCACGCGACCGAACGUGAAGCUUUGACAAUACUCAUUUUUUUUCUAGUAAUCACGACAAAGGAAGCUUCUGAACAGGUCGACGUUCAUGUGUUCCAACAUCGCGUGUGA